ACCCAUCUUUCUCUCUGUUUUCUCUCGCUCUACCACUCAUUAAUAAAACUGAAACUCAUUAUUUUCUCUCCCCAUUAUAACAAAACAGAUCAUAAAUCAAAACAUAUUCCAUGUGAACGCGUUGAAAUUUCACCCCAAAUCUUUGAAAAAAAUCUCAUCUUUCCAACCUCUUCUUCUUCAUCAUCUCGUCCUUUUCAAAUUCUCUCCAUUUCCACACAAACCCACUUAUAAAACCCAAUCCUCUCUCAUCCCAACAAAUCAAGAAUAAGAUCUCUCAAAAAAUGUUUUCCUCUCACUUUUGAGUUGCAACACCCACAGUCCAAAAUGGUACUUCUCAACCUUCGACAACCAUCGUCUCUGUUUCUUUUCUUUUUCGUUUUGAUUUCCCAAUUCUUCGCUCUCGGUCUGUUCUUGGAUGCCGACUCCGAUGUUCUGAUUCGGGUGAAAAAUACCCAUCUCGUUGAUCCCAAUGGUUGUUUGAAGAAUUGGGUUCAGAACGAGGCUCGAAAUCCCUGUAAUUGGACAGGGAUCACCUGCGAUUCUAAUAGUUCGUCCGUUGUUUCGAUCGAUUUGAGUGGUUUUGGUAUCGCCGGCAAAUUUCCGUAUGAUUUUUGCCGGAUUCCGACGCUUAAAAACCUUUCUCUCGCCAACGACUACAUCAAUGGAACUCUACUGUCCCGCUCAUUGUCUCUCUGCUCUCACCUCUACCUACUCAAUCUCACCGGUAACUUAUUCGUCGGAAAGUUGCCGGAGUUUUCCCCUGACUUCAGAGAACUGCAAAUUCUUGAUCUCUCUAGCAACAAUUUUACGGGAGACAUUCCAGAGAGUAUUGGGCGAUUACCGGCGCUGAAAGUACUUCGAUUGAGUUCAAAUCUGCUCGACGGGCCGGUGCCCUCUGUUUUGGGAAAUCUCAGUGAGUUAGCGGAAUUGGCCAUCGCUUAUAACAAUUACAAGCCGAGUCCGAUACCUUCCGAAUUCGGAAAUCUGAAAAAGCUCGUUAACAUGUUCUUACCCACCUCGAAUCUCAUCGGGCCCAUCCCUGAUUCCAUCGGAAACCUUGCUCUGCUCACCAACCUUGAUUUAUCUAACAAUUCCAUUUCGGGUCCGAUCCCGGAUUCAAUCGGCGGACUGAGGAGCAUAGAGACGAUUCAGCUCUAUAACAACCGAAUCUCCGGUGAGUUGCCGGAGAGCAUUGGUAAUUUGACUACUCUGUUUUCUCUGGACGUGUCGCAGAACAAUCUCACCGGAAAAUUGUCUGAAAAAAUCGCUGCGCUCCCUCUUCAGGUUUUGUAUCUCAAUGACAAUUUCCUCGAAGGCGAGGUCCCGGAGAGUGUAGCUUCUAACCCGAAUCUUUACAGAUUGAAACUUUUCAACAAUAGCCUUUCCGGUAAACUUCCCGGAAAUCUUGGUUUGAAUUCGAAUUUGGUUGAGAUUGAUGUUUCCUCCAACAAUUUCGAUGGUGAAGUGCCGAAGUUCCUCUGCCAUAGAAAGCAACUUCAGAGGCUUGUUUUAUUCGACAACAGUUUCUCGGGAAAUUUCUCAGAAUCGUACGGCGAUUGCGAUUCUCUGAAUUAUGUCAGAAUUGAGAACAAUCAACUUUCCGGCGAGGUACCGAAUUCGUUCUGGAAUCUUUCUCGGCUUGAUCGAGUUCAAUUGUCGAACAACCUGUUUCAGGGCUCUGUUCCGCCGGCGAUAAGCGGCGCUCGCGCUCUCACCGUGUUGUUGAUUUCUGGUAAUAACUUCUCCGGCCAAUUGCCGGUGGAGAUUUGCAAACUGCGGGAACUCGUACGGUUUGACGUCAGCAGGAAUAGAUUCUCCGGCAACAUUCCUUCCUGUAUAACGGAUUUGAAGAAACUCCAAAAGCUCGACAUGCAAGAAAACGCGUUCGCCGGUGAAAUUCUCAAAUCAGUCACGCCGUGGAAAGAAUUAACCGACUUGAAUCUCUCCCACAACCAAUUUUCCGGCGAGAUUCCGUCUCAACUCGGCGAUUUACCCGUGUUAGCGUACCUAGAUCUCUCAGCAAAUUCACUUUCCGGCGAAAUCCCCGAGGAACUGACGAAGCUGAAUUUGAACCAAUUCAACUUAUCCGGCAACAAAUUGAACGGAAAAGUUCCUUCCGGCUUCAACAACGAACUCUUCGUCGGAAGCCUACUGGGUAAUCCGGGUCUCUGUAGCCCGGAUUUGAAACCGCUGAAACCGUGCCCGAAAUCCAAGCCCACCGCUUUCUAUGUCGUGGUCGUCCUCUCGGUUCUCGCCGUCCUCCUCGUCGGGUCUCUCAUCUGGGUAAUCAAAUUCAAGCUCAAUCUCUUCCGCAAAUCGAAAUCUCCAUGGAAUGUAACAAAAUUCCAACGGGUCGGGUUCGACGAGGAAGAUGUAAUUCCGCACCUGACGAGCUCCAACGUAAUCGGGUCGGGCGGGUCGGGUACUGUUUUCAAGGUGGGUCUGAAAACGGGUCACACCGUCGCCGUGAAGAGUCUCUGGGGAGGCCACAACAAAUUGGAUACAGAGGGAGUUUUCGAGUCCGAAGUUGAGACACUGGGUCGGAUCCGGCAUGCGAACAUCGUGAAAUUGCUGUUCAGUUGUAGCAAUGGCGAAGGAAACAGAAUUCUUGUGUACGAGUAUAUGGAGAAUGGGAGCUUGGGAGAUGUUCUUCACUUACGCAAAUUGGAAGCUCUAUCGGAUUGGUCGAAACGAUUCGACAUAGCCAUCGGAGCGGCUCAGGGAUUGGCUUACCUCCACCACGACUGCGUCCCCCCGAUAAUCCACCGCGACGUUAAGAGCAACAACAUUCUCUUGGACGGAGAAUUUCAGCCUCGGGUCGCCGAUUUCGGAUUAGCCAAGACGCUGCAGCAGCAUGCAGAGGACGACGACGGUGGUCUAAUGUCUCGCGUCGCUGGCUCCUACGGCUAUAUCGCCCCUGAGUAUGGGUACACCAUGAAAGUGACGGAGAAGAGCGACGUGUAUAGCUUUGGGGUGGUUCUAAUGGAGUUGGUGACUGGGAAGCGGCCGAACGAUCCGUGGUUUGGAGAGAACAGAGAUCUUGUGAAAUGGGUGACUGAAGUUGCUCUAUCAGACGAAGAGGAUGAGAAGGCAAUGAGUUUAGACGAUAUUAUUGAUGAAAAGUUGGAUCCAUCGACAUGUGAGAUUGAAGAAAUAGCCAAAAUGUUGGAUGUGGCAAUGCUUUGCACUUCUCCUUUGCCAAAUGACAGACCUUCCAUGAGAAGAGUGGUUGAGUUGAUAAGGGAUAGCAAAUUGGUUCGUCCCAAAUCUUGAACUAUAAAUUUUGUUUUCUUUUAGUGAAUGUGAAUACACAGUGUCCUAAUUUUGUUGUUGAAUGAAAUUAAUCGUGACUAGUAUUUAGAAUUUCAUGUGCUUA